AUGGGCAUGAAACACUCCUCCCGCUGCCUGCUCCUCCGGAGGAAAAUGGCGGAGAACGCAGUCGAAAGCACGGAGGUGAGCAGUGCCCCCCCUCAGCCCCCUCAGCCUGUCAUCCCAGCCAAGCCUGUGCAAUGUGUCCACCACGUGUCCACACAGCCCAGCUGCCCAGGACGGGGCAAGAUGUCCAAGCUGCUGAAUCCCGAGGAGAUGACAUCAAGGGAUUACUAUUUUGACUCCUAUGCUCACUUUGGGAUCCAUGAGGAAAUGCUGAAGGAUGAGGUGAGGACCCUCACGUACCGGAACUCCAUGUACCAUAAUAAGCAUGUGUUCAAGGACAAAGUGGUGCUGGAUGUCGGAAGUGGCACAGGGAUCCUCUCCAUGUUCGCUGCCAAAGCAGGGGCCAAGAAGGUGUUCGGGAUCGAAUGUUCCAGUAUUUCUGACUACUCAGAGAAGAUCAUUAAGGCCAACCACCUGGACAAUGUCAUUACCAUAUUUAAGGGUAAAGUGGAGGAGGUGGAGUUGCCUGUGGAGAAAGUGGACAUCAUCAUCAGCGAGUGGAUGGGCUACUGUCUGUUCUAUGAGUCCAUGCUCAACACGGUGAUCUUUGCCAGGGACAAGUGGCUGAAACCUGGAGGGCUUAUGUUUCCAGACCGGGCAGCUUUAUACGUGGUAGCAAUUGAAGACAGACAGUACAAGGACUUCAAAAUCCACUGGUGGGAGAACGUCUAUGGCUUUGACAUGACCUGUAUCCGGGAUGUUGCCAUGAAGGAGCCCCUGGUGGACAUCGUGGACCCAAAGCAAGUGGUGACCAAUGCCUGUUUAAUAAAGGAAGUGGACAUUUACACUGUGAAGACGGAAGAGCUGUCCUUCACAUCUGCCUUCUGCCUGCAGAUUCAGCGCAAUGACUACGUCCACGCCCUCGUCACCUACUUUAAUAUUGAAUUUACCAAGUGCCACAAGAAAAUGGGUUUUUCUACAGCCCCUGAUGCCCCCUACACCCACUGGAAGCAGACCGUCUUCUACUUGGAAGACUACCUCACUGUCCGGAGGGGGGAGGAAAUCUACGGGACCAUAUCCAUGAAGCCAAAUGCCAAAAAUGUGCGAGACCUUGAUUUCACAGUAGACUUGGAUUUUAAGGGACAGCUGUGUGAAACAUCUGUAUCUAAUGACUACAAAAUGCGUUAGCACAUGUGGGAAGCUGCAGAGAGCAAGCGAGAAGAGGCACUCACUUCAGCCUGCCACGCUGCCCAAGGAAUACUGUUAGGAGGACCACACUCGACAACCAGAGCUUUCCACUCUGCCUUGAAGAUUGGUGAACUUGCCAGGGCUCUCCGGGGCCCCACCAUGACGGGGAGCCUCCAGCUCCUCUGCUCUGCCCCCGGAGCCCUUCACAAAGGCUUUGUUGUCGCCUGGUGUGCAGUGGUGGGGGCUCCAAGGAUGGAAACAUACCCAUGUGCCCCCACUGUCCUCCUAAACUGACUCUAUGGAUCUUCCAAGUUUUGCAUGCUGCAGACAUCUAGGACAGAUUGCUUCCACUAGAA